AUAGACUCGACCCAGACUCAGCCGAAACCUCUCAGGCCCGACGCCAUGGCUCCCAAGCUCAAAGACAAGCAGCAGAAACCUCCUCCGCCGCCCAUGGAGGAUCUCUUCGCCACUCUCAACGGCCACAUCGAGCAACUCGAAUUCGAGAAAGCGGUCAAAGUCGCAGAUCAAGUUCUGUCGAUUGCUCCUGGCGACGAGGAUGCGAUUAAGUGCAAGGUCGUUGGUUUGAUCAAGGACGAUAAGACCAAAGAGGCGCUUUCCGUGAUUCGAUCUUGCAAGAAUCCUGCUCUGGAUUUCAGCUUCUUCAAGGCAUACUGCUUAUACAGAGAAAACGAGUUAGAUGAAGCUCUUAAAUCCCUGAAAAGCCAAGAGACAACUCCUGCAGCAAUGCUAUUAGAAGCCCAGAUCUUAUUUCGCUUGGGAAAGUUUGAUGCUUGUAUCGACAUAUAUCAGAAGCUUCAAAAGUCCAAAGUUGACUUAUUAGAUACAAAUUAUGUAGCUAGCUUGGUUGCUGCUGGGAGGGCUUCUGAAGUACAAGUUGAAGCACUCAGGGGUAAAGCAAAGAGUAGCUUUGAGCUAGCAUUCAACACUGCCUGUUCUUUGAUUGAAAGCAAUAAGUACACUGAUGCAGAGCAGUUCCUGUUGCUAGCCAGAACAACCGGCCAUGAAGCAUUGCUGGAAGAUGGUGCACCCGAGGAUGAGAUAGAAACUGAAUUGGCGCCAAUAGCUGUCCAGUUGGCCUAUGUUCAGCAGCUCCUUGGGCACAGACAAGAGGCCCUUGAGGCCUACACGCACAUCAUUAAAUCAGAUGUGGGAGAUGAGUUAUCACUUGCAGUGGCAGUCAACAACCUAAUAGCUUUGAGAAGUCCAAAAGAUGUUUCUGAUGGCCUAAAGAAACUUGAUCGAUUAAAACAGAAGGACGACAAGCAAAGCUUCCACCUUACUGGUAAACUGGACUCGAAGCUUUCACCAAAACAAAAAGAAUCAAUAUAUGUGACUCGGGUCCUCUUACUUCUCCAUGCAAAUAAGAUGGAUCAGGCUCGAGAACUUGUUGCUGCACUUCCAGACAUGUUUCCCGAGAGUGUGAUGCCUGUUCUACUUCAGGCCGCACUUUUUGUAAGAGAAAACAAGGCUGGAAAAGCUGAAGAAGUUUUAGCCCAGUUUUCCGAGAAGUUCCCUGAAAAGUCCAAGGUUUUUCUCUUAGCAAGGGCACAGGUUGCUGCUGCUGCCAGCCACCCUCAUAUUGCUGCGGAGUCCCUUUCUAAGAUACCUGAUAUCCAGCACAUGCCUGCUACUGUUGCUACUCUUGUGUCUCUUAAAGAGCGUGCUGGUGACAUUGAUGGCGCUGCUGCUGUGCUUGACGCUGCAAUAAACUGGUGGUCAAAUUCCAUGACCGAGGACAGCAAGCUCAAUGUUUUGAUGCAAGAGGCUGCUUCCUUCAAGCUGAGGCAUGGACGAGAAGAGGAAGCUUCUCGUCUAUAUGAGGAGCUUGUGAAAAGCCAUGGAAGUGUGGAAGCAUUGGUUGGGCUUGUAACUACAGUUGCUCGAGUGGAUGUUAAGAAGGCAGAAGCUUAUGAGCAGAAGCUGAAACCAUUACCAGGUUUGAAGGGGAUCAAUGUGGAUAAUCUAGAGAAGACUUCUGGUGCCAAACAUGAAGAGGGUAUUUCUCAAGUUAAGGUCGCCGAGACAUAUGAGGGGAAGAGCAAGUCAAAGGCAAAGAAAAAGAGAAAGAGAAAGCCAAGAUAUCCUAAAGGGUUUGACCCUGCGAACCCCGGGCCCCCACCGGAUCCAGAAAGGUGGCUUCCCAAGAGAGAAAGAUCAAGUUAUAGGCCUAAGAGAAAGGAUAAGAGAGCAGCUGCUCAAGUACGAGGCUCUCAGGGUUCUGUAGCUAGAGACAAACAUGAAGCUGGUGCCACUUCCAGCAAUGCAAAAUCAAACCAAGCAACCACUUCAAAAGGAGCCUCACAGAAUUCAGUUGCAGAGCCAUCGAAGACUUCAUCCAAGUCAAGAAAAAAGUCCAGGAACUAGUUUAAAGGAUCUAGGUCUAUUUCUUUUGGUUGAUUUUUCCGAAAUGUUGCAGAAUUUUAUUUACUUAAAUUUUAGUGCUCUAGGGUGUAAGCUGAGAGAUUUUGCACGGGCUUUUGCUACUCACUUUUGAUUCAAGACAAUCAAAACUGAAAAGUUUUUUUUUU